UGCGUUAGGCUUUGCUGCGAAAGACACGAUUCUGAAUGUCGCUCGCCAUCUUGGAUGCUGGCGAGGUGUUUAAAAGGUAGCGAGUGUGAAAAAUACUAAUCAAGAUAGACAGUUUCACGCGAUUUCCGACAUGGAGGUCGUCAAAGCCUUCAACAGCGAGCUCACCUCGCUGUAUGAAGGCAAACCUCCGAUCUCUAAAGCCAAGAUGACAGCGAUCACAAAAUCGGCAAUCAAAGCAAUCAAAUUCUACAAGCACAUUGUGCAGAGUGUCGAGAAGUUUGUUCAAAAGUGUCGGCCAGAGUACAAGGUGCCAGGUCUGUAUGUUGUGGACUCGAUUGUGCGCCAAUCACGGCAUCAAUUUGGGCAGGAGAAGGAUGUAUUUGCACCGCGGUUCACCAAGAACAUCCACAACACAUUUCAACACCUUUUCAAGUGUCCAGUUGAGGACAGGCCGAAGAUUGUUCGGGUACUUAACUUGUGGCAGAAGAACCAAGUGUUCCCGCCCGAUGUCAUCCAGCCGCUCUUGGAUAUGGCCAGUCCAGUGGCUGUCCCAGGAGGGGACUCUGCUCAGAGCUCAGAUGUGGUGGCUGAUACCAAGGCAAACAAGAAUUCCACGGAAAAUUGGAAGAGCUGGAAUCAUGGCAACAACAUCCAGGAUUCAAUGUCUGGAACUGUUCAAGAGACCAAGACUUAUGCCCUCACUCAGGUUGACCAGUGUGAGAAUUUGAACUUGGCCAUGGCAGCUGAGGCAGAAAACGCAGCCCCUCCGGAUCCAGAACUUUUAGUAAAGCUUCAGAGCCUCGCAUCUCAGCUGCUGACCAACAGGCCUGGGAGUUCGUCAGCUGCUGAAGACAAGCCACCAAGUCACCAGCCAGCAGCUCCUACUGUGAAGUUUAACAAGAAACUGCUAGACUUUGACUAUGGUGAUGAAGAAGAGGAGGAAGAAGAAGAAUCUUUUGAAGAAACCAAGCCUGCUGAUUUCGUUGAGCCACCUUUGGAAGACUCUGGAGGCCAGUCAUCAGAGCCCAAUGCUAUUGCACUAAGCAUGGCACAGAAUCUACUCAACAACCCUGAGCUGCUGAAGCAGCUGCAGCAGAUGCAGCAGACGUUGCAGCAGCAGUCAUCCGAGGCGCUGCGGGCACAGGAGGCCGAUUCAUCAGCACCAACGGCUUCGGCUUCAGCCCCAGCUGCUGGUGGUGCUGCUGCUCCUGUGCACUCCCUGUCUUCAGGCCCCUUUACUAACCCCGAUGGGACCAGCAGCCAGCGGCUGUCACCUGACUUGCCGCCACUGCCCCAAACACCCCAGCCACAGACGCCCAAUGACAGCCACACUGCUUUGCAGCAGACCACCCAGCUGGCCAAUACACCCGCCCUGGUCACGCCUGGCUAUGCGGGUACACCAGCGGCUCCUGUGCUUCCUCAGGUUUUCCAGGACUCUGCGGCCCUGUACCCUCCAGUGGCACCCAUGGGUGGCAUUGGCUUUGUUGGUGGUGGUGAGCCACCUGGUGGAUUUGUGCCCCUAGCUGCUGGCCCCACCUCUGCUGACGAGGCCCCAAUAUCGGCACCCUUGGAAAGUGGUGGGGCUGCUACAUUACCUUCCUACAUGAGCGGUGGGGACUUGGAUGAACGCUGUGGAGCCGUCUUGGGCCCUGGCGGCCGUGACAUGGACCUCCGUACAGCAGCAGGAGGCCUGCCCUCUCCAGGGCGUGAGAGGGACAGGCGAAGGCACAGUCGGUCACGGUCUCCGAGGCGGCGGGGCCACUCUCGUUCCCGAUCACCAUCUCGUACUUCUGGUAAUCGGUAUGGCAGCACAACCAAGGGGGACCGUUCGAGGGAGCGCGAGACCAGAGAAAGUGUUCGAGAGAAGGAGCGGGAACGUGAGAGAGAGCGACGUCGGAAAGGCUUCCCACCUGUGAAGAAGAAUUGCCUUAGCGUUUGCAGUGCUACGCUAUGGCUUGGACAUGUUCCGAAAUCGGUAUCGGAAAUGGACUUACACGACACCUUUGGUGAAUUUGGCGCCAUAGUCAGGAUUGAUAUGAUUCCUCCUCGUGGUUGUGCCUAUGUGUGUAUGGACCGCAGGCAAGAUGCUUUUCGGGCAUUGCAAAAACUGAAAAAUCUAAAGUUGCAGGGAAGCCUCAUCAAGAUGGCGUGGGCACCAGGCAAAGGUGUGAAGGGCAAAGAACUGAAAGACUUCUGGGAGGUGGACCUGGGUGUGAGCUACAUUCCACUCGACAAGCUACCUGCAGAUGUUAACUUGCUGGCUUUGGAAGAAGGGGGUGUGAUCGACAAGGAUUCUCUGUCUGACAACCUAAAAGAGAAAUAUGCCGGUCAGGAACGGCAGCGAGGCACAGGUGAGCCGCUUGCGCCCAUGAUGCUCGACUUGGUACAGCAACAGCAGCAGGCAGCAUCGGCAGAAGCCAUGAUGGCAGUGGCUUUCCCACCAGCGCCAGGGGCCCCCACCGCUGUGGCCAUGGUGCCCCCACCCGUACCCCAGUUCAGCAUCCCACUUCCACCAGUGGGCCAAGGGUCUGUUAAGACGAACGAGGCACAAAUUAAAAGUGCAUGUAUGCUGCCGUCCCAGAGCCUGGUGAUGCCUCAAAUCCAGCUGCCAAUGGGUGUGCCUCCUCCGCCUAACCACAUGCUGAUGGUGCCACCAAACACGUCUCAAACGCUGUUGGGACCUGGUGCAUUGGGGCUGAUUCCUCCACCCUUAGGCUUGCCUGGGGCUGCUCUUGGCUUGCCCCUUCAUCCCCCCAUGAGUCUCCCGGUAACCUCCCAAGCAGCAGUGAUGCCCAAUGUCACCACAGCAAGCCCUGCUGCUUCCAGUGCACCUGCAGUAACUGUAACCCAGCCACCUGCUGCUGUAGCAGCACCUGUUGCAACACCUUCUGCAGCACCUGUCACAGAAAGCGAGGCUACUGAUGUACCCAUGGCCAUUGAUGGUGAUGCAACACCCACCGAUGAAGAUGGCACAAGUGAAGCAAGUCGCCUUGGUAUGAUCCCCACUGCUUCUGGUGAAUCAGCAGUGGGCAACAAUAAGGAACCUGCUGAGAGUGUUAAACCAGCUGCAAAUGAGUUCGGAACGGCACAUCCCCCAGGCGGAUUUAUGCCGCUGUCUGCACCACCUGGCAUGCCAGGUCAGUUUGGAAACCAUGGUCUGCUGGCAAAGGAAAAGGUUAAUGCAGUGCCAGCAAAGGAAGCAAAAUCUCCAGUGGCUAUAUCUAGUCAUGAAGCAUCCAGCGCUGAUGCCAAGGCCACACAGUCUGAGAAAACUGAUCCCGACAACAUGCAGAUGGAUGAACCUAGUUCAGGGCAGCAGGCUGCUGAGCCAGGGCAGGAUGCUUGUACCUUUGACUUACCUCCAGUUAGCUCAGCAAUCCCAAUGCCUGUUGGACUGCCUGGAAUGCCUUCACUACCUCUUCCACCCAGAGCAUUUGGAAGUGCACCUAUACGUUUCAGGGGGCCGCCCAUGUUUCCCUUUGAGAACCCAGCUGAUGGGAGACCCGGCAUGGAAUUUGGCCCUCGAAUGAUGGGCCCAGACCCAAGGAUGAUAGUUCCCCCAGCAGGCGAUUUCCGUCCUCCCAAUCCACGUGAUCAGGCCAUCCUGGGUGGGCCAGGGGAACAGAGGAUGAUGGGUGGCCCUUUGGAACAGCAUAUGCUUGAUGGACCUCCAGAAGCAAGGAUGAUGGGUGGUCCCAUGGAACACAGAAUGCACAGAGGUCCUGAACCAAGGAUGAUGGGUGGUCCACCAGAGCCGCGAAUGAUUGGUGGUCCUAUGGAACCGAGAAUGAUGGGCGGACCGCCUGAACCAAGGAUGAUGGGUGGCCCAGAGGAACUCAGGAUGCUAGGUGGCCCUCCAGAGCAUCGAAUGAUGGGUGGUCCGCGGGACCACAGAAUGAUCGGUGGUCCUAUGCCAGAGCCCAGGAUGAUGGGAGGACCUCCUGACCAUAGGAUGAUGGGAGGCCCACCUCCGGACCAUCGGAUGAUGGGAGGCCCGCCUCCAGAUCAUCGGAUGAUGGGAGGCCCGCCUCCAGACCACCGUAUGAUGGGAGGGCCUCCUCCAGACCACCGGAUGAUGGGAGGCCCUCCUUUAGACCACAGAAUGAUGGGAGGCCCGCCUCCAGAUCACAGAAUCAUAGGAGGCCCUCCUCCUGACCACAGAAUGAUGGGAGGCCCUCCAGAUCAUAGGAUGAUGGGUGGACCACCAGACCACAGGAUGAUGGGAGGUCCUCCAGAUCAUCGGAUGAUGGGUGGACCACCGGACCACAGAAUACUGCCAGGGCCGCCAGACCAUAGGAUGCUCAGGCCACCCGACUUUAGAUUAGGUGGUCCCCCUCCCGAAUUAAGAAAGCUUGGGCCCCCAGAACCGCUAAUGUUGGCGCCCGGCCACCGCAUGCUGGCUCCUAACAUGCCUCCAGCGAUUGGGCCCGGUAUCACAGACGUGAAGCCAACUGAGGGAAAAGGACCUGAAUGCCAGGGAGAGAAAAACGUGCAAGACAAGCUCGUCGAGUUGGCUGAACAGAGCAGUAGCGAAAACGGGAAAGCGCCGAAGGAAUGGAAACCGCCGGCUGGCGCACCGGAGCCACCCAGAGGACCGAAUGGGCCAGCAGCUGAAGAGCGGCAAGGAAACGGCGAGCAGCCAUGGAAACAGCCUGGUGGUUUUGGUUUCUUCGGGCCUUCUCGGUCAAGAUUUAACGAAUCGAGCUCUGAAAGAGACGGCGAAGAAGGCGGGUUCGGCGGUGAGAGGGGCAACCGACGCGUCUUCACAAAUGUGUUCGGUGAGGCUUCCGAACGGCGACGAAGCAGCGGCCGCGAACGGAGAAGCCGCUGGUCUCGAGGAGAGGAAGAAGAGCGUGACUCCCGGUCACGGUCUGAGCGCAGCGAGCGAGACCGCAGCGACCGGGACCGGAGCGAGCGCAGGGACCGGGACCGCAGCAAAGACCGGGGCCGUAGCAAAGACCGGGACCGCAGCAAGGACCGAGCCCGCAGCAAGGAUCGGGACCGUAGCAAGGACCGGGACCGCAGCAAGGACCGGGACCGCAGCAAGGACCGGGACCGCAGCGACAGGGAUCGCGACAGGGAUCGUGACCGUGAUAGGAGCGAGCGCGACAAGGACCGCAGUGACAGGGACAGGAGCGACAAGGAUCGGGACCGCAGCGAUCGCGAUCGGGACAGAGACCGGAGCGAGCGCAACGAUAGGGACCGUGACAGGGAUCGGGACAGAGAUCGGGAUCGUGACAGGAGUGACCGCGAUCGAGGGGACAAGGAUCGUAGUGACAAAGAAAAGGACAGGAGUGAACGAAGCAGAGGGGACCACAGCCGCAGUCGAGACCGUGAGCGGAGCUCCUGCCGAAGCCACAGCUCGCCUGACCAAACUGCACCGGGAGCUGCCACUGCGACCGCAGAGACAAAUGGCGAGGUGAGCAGCAGCAGCAGCAGUAAGUCGAAUGGGGGAAGCAGCAGCACUGUGGAAGUGCCUUUGCCGAAAGACGUGGAAUCCAAGGGCCUCGCCGAGUCGGAAGCACCCAAGGAAGCUGCGGAACACGCAAAGCCAGAGGUGAAGGCAUGAUCUCUGCGUGGCUCGCUUCUCGGCGUGAUGGCUGAGUGAAGACUACUUUGAGUGCGUGAGUGUGUGAUUGUGGGAGCGUUGUGUACAUAACAAAAGAGACAGCUCGGCAACAUGGGACGAAGCAGGGCUUUGCCCGGGCCUGAGAAAAAAAAUAAUAAUACAGAGCUGGGCUUGACGGACUGCCCGCGUGCAGCAAGAGUCGCCCACCGACCCUGCGGGUCGCAAAACCAAAUAAAACGAAAAUAGCGCGGUGCUUGUUUCUGUUGCACGAAACAUGCUUUGCCUUUUUUGGUUUGCCUGCACCUCCGCUGGGUGUGCCUCUGAAGAAACAAGAUACGAUCAAUGUUACUCCUCAGGCUCUUCCUUGAGAGAAGCUGUCUGCGAUGCACCAUCAGCAGCCGCAGGGUAAGUGGCGCCCGAUUGACACGACGACUCCUGCUGCAGCCUCGACCCCUGCCCACCGGACUGUGAAGUGUUGAUCGGCCACGGACGCUCAGCAGAAAGGUAGACGCUUCCACCAAGGCACGAUUUCGCGGUCCAGUUGUAGCGGCUACUUUUAAAGGAACCAGACUGCCCAUCGUUUUGAUCUGGGAAGGCAGACAGUUAGGCCUUGCCGCCUUUUAAUCUUUUUCCCCCUCGCUUAUGUGUAAUUUGGGGUGAUCACUGUCUGAGGGGUUCUUUUUUUUUUAACGUAUGAGUAAGGCGGUAACGUUGAGUCUAAAUGCAGUCUUGUGUAGUGUACGCUUUCUCGGUAGAAAUAAAUACUGCUUCUUGUCCGCAG